AUGCGUUUCACUACUGCCUCCGCCGCCGCUGUGGCACUUGCGGCCUCAUCUCAGGCUAUGAGCAUCUCAACCCCUUCCGACCUUGACGGUUCCGUGUGGCAGGCCCUCUCUUCCGUCUCUGGUCGUUCUUUUGAGGACAUGCCCCGCAACCGCCCCGUAAAGAGGCAGUCUGGCUGGAACCCUCCUUCUGACCUCGUCAAGCCCCUGAAGGAAGUCUGGGACCACUGCAAGAGCACAUACUCCAACUUCGCCGGCUUCAAGAACUACGGCUGGGACCAGGUUAUCGCCACCAAGGGAACUAUCAACGUCUGUGUCCGAUGGGAGUCCAGCGCCUCCGUCACCGAGGCCCAGCGCAAGUCGGUGGCUGCCGCCUUGAACAGAUCCCACCAGAGCUGGUACAAGUGGCUCUACGGCUAUGACAACUUCCCUUUCUCCAGUGUCAAGGUCAACGUCGUCGGCUGGGCCGUGAAGGAUAAGAGCCUUCUUCAGGGCUCCACCGAUGGCAUUCAGGUUUACACUGACAAGGACGCUGAAGGCAUCCCCCAGUGCGCCGAGUCCUGCGGCCGCUUCUUCAACCAGAACGGCGACUACAGCAAGUGUGCUGCCGGUGCUGACCGCCACUAUGACCAGUCUCUCUGGCUUACCGAUGGCAUGGCUGGUGGUGCUGGUGGUGACUGGGGUCAGCGUAUCGGCCGCGAGGCCUUCAUGGCUUCCCUUGACGGCGAUUUCCACAUUCUUCAGCACGAGAUCGGCCACACCUAUGGCCUCGAUGACUACAUAGACUGGACCCCCACUGGCGUCAACAGCUUCGUCAUGCUUGCUGGUUCCUCUGCCAAGAUCACUGACUUCGACGGCUGGAUGCUCCGCAACUGGUGGUACGAGUUCUCCCGCGAGCGCGGCUGGCAAUCCGACUCUAGCCUCAGCUCUGGUUCCGAUGCUGCCGCAGCUGAACCUGUUUCCUCUGCCGCCCCGGUUGCUACUGCCGCUCCCGUUGCCUCUCCCGCUCCCGUUUCCUCUGCUGCCCCCGAGCCCACCCCCGAGCCUACCCCCGUCGAUGACGCCCCUGUCGAGGAGGACCCUGUCGAGGAGGAGGACGACGAUGAGGUUGACUGCGCCGAGCCCACCACCCCUGCUGCUGCCGAACCUACCGUGCCUGCUGCUGCUGAGCCUACUCAGCCCGCCAGCUCUGGCUCUGGCGCGACUGCUGGCCCCUGGGGACAGUGCGGUGGCAAUGGCUGGACUGGUCCUACCUCUUGCGAUUCCGGCUUCAAGUGCACCAAGAGCAACGACUGGUACUCCCAGUGCACCAUGGCCUAA